AUGGCUACUCUUAGCAACAGACAAGCCAAGGCCAGCAAGUUCAGCACUGACCUUGCUGAUCAUUCGGAUAGCCAUGCAUCCAAGACCGGCCCAUACACUGACAAUCAAGAGCUCGAUGUUCUUGUCAUCGGUGCUGGCUUCGCGGGAGUGUACAUGCUCAAAACACUUCGUGAACGCGGUCUCAAGACGGUCAUCUUCGAAGCUGGAAACGAUCUUGGCGGCACUUGGCGAUGGAACUGCUAUCCCGGCGCCGCAGUUGACUCUGACGUUCCCGAGUAUGAGUACUCCUGGCCUGAAGUGUACAACACAUGGUCUUGGAGGACUAACUACCCAAACUUCCAAGAUCUUCGCAACUACUUCGAUCAUGUAGAUAAGGUCAUGAAGAUCAAGAAAGACUGUUCUUUUAAUACGAGGGUCGUCGGGGCACACUUUUCGACCGACGAAGGCAAGUGGUCUGUUGAGACUGCAGAUGGUCGAACGACGAAGACGAAAUAUCUCGUGCUGGGUACUGGUGUUUUCUCCAAGAGGUUCGUCCCCAGUUGGCCAGGGGUGGAUAAGUUCAAGGGCAUCAUUCACCAUUCUUCAUUCUGGCCCAACGAGGAGAUCGACGUCAAGGGUAAACGUUGCGGUAUUAUAGGCACUGGAGCCUCUGGUGUGCAAAUCACCCAGGCCUGGGGCCCAAGAGCCGCUGAGGUCAAGGUCUUUCAAAGGACCCCCAACCUUGCUGUUCCCAUGCGGAGAAAGGCUCUCCCAGCUCAAGGCCAAGAUAAAAAGCUCUAUCCUGAGCUAUUCAAGCUCCGCGAGACAAGCUUUGCAGGUUUUACCUAUGACUGGUGCGAGCGCAGUACCUUCGAUGAUUCACUAGAAGAGCGUGAAGCCUUCUAUGAGAAACUCUGGCAAGACGGUGGAUUUCGGUUCUGGGUGGCUAACUAUAAGGAUACACUUCUUAACCCAAAGGCUAAUGAAGAGGCUUAUCGUUUCUGGGCCAAGAAAACGAGGGCUCGUAUUAACGACGAGAAGGCUCGGGACUUACUGGCACCACUUGAAAUGCCACACUACUUUGGCGUCAAGCGCCCUUGCCUGGAAGAGACGUAUUACGAACAGUUUAACAGAGAUUCAGUGCACGUCGUGGACACCAGAAACAACCCACUCCGCGAGUUUACCGAGACAGGUAUCACUCUUGAAGACGGGACUCACCACGAGCUGGAAGUCAUCGCCGUCGCCACUGGAUUCGACGUGUCUACCGGCUCCAUGACACAGCUGGGCCUUCAAAGCAUCAACGGAACUGACCUCGAGAAAGACUGGCUCCCUGGGGCCAGGACGUAUCUCGGCACGACCGUACCUGGCUAUCCAAACAUGUUCUCCAUCUAUGGUGCCCAGGCCCCGACCCUACUCAGCAACGGUCCGACAACAGUGGAGAUCCAAGGCCGAUGGGUGACCGAUGCCAUUAUCAAGAUGGAGCGCGGAGGCGUCAAAUACAUCGACCCGAAGACUGAAGCCGCCGACAAGUGGAAGCAGCGUGUUGUUGAUCUGAAUAACGCAACUUUGUUCCCUACCACCAAGUCUACGUAUAUGGGGGGCAAUGUCCCUGGCAAGGCGUUUGAGCCUCUGGCUUAUGCUGCCGGUCUUCCGGCUUACAAGAAUGAGAUCCGAGCUGCGUUGGACAACUGGACGGAAGGCUUUGAGGUUGUCAAGAUCUGA